AUGUUUCAUUUGAAGGAGAAUCAGUUGUCUGGUGGUUUGUUUGGUGGUUGUUGCCAAUUUUUUGUUGGAUAUUUAAAUGUAUAUGGUGGUCCGAAAUCAUGGUAUUCAAUUAUUUGCUUUCUUAUUUAUUUUGUCAAUAUCUUCAGUGACAGGAGUAUAUUGGGGUUUCCCAUGGCUUGCUCGAAUACUUUUGGACUUGUUACAGGUGCAUUUCUUCUUGGUUUUGGUUUGAGCGAGAUUCCGAAGAGCAUUUGGAGAAAUGCUGACUGGAUCACUCGCCAAAAGGUUCUUUCUCAUAAAAUUGCCAAAAUGGCUUUGAAACUUGAUGACGCGCAUCAAGAGCUAUCAAAUGCCAUUGUUGUUGCUCAGGCAACAUCCAAACAGAUAUCCAAACGUGAUCCUUUGAGACCCUACAUGGAUAUUAUUGAUAAUAUGUUAGUGCAAAUGUUCAAAGAAGACCCGUCAUUCAAACCCCGAGGAGGCCAAUUAGGGGAAAAUGAUAUGGACUAUGAUACAGAUGAGAAAUCGAUGGCAACACUUAGGUGCAAUCUUAGGGGAGCUCGGGAGGAGUAUUGUCGCUACAAAAGUUUGACCAGGGUGGAAAUUCUCAAAUUCCUGGCUUCUCAUCAACUGCAAAAGGAAGGAGAUUGUAAUAAGAACACUGUUGGUAUAUAUAGGCCUGAUCUAAGGUUUUCCCUGAAGCAACAGCUGUGCUGUUCUGAUUUCAUUUCAGUUUUUGAUGUAGGAAAUGAGUAUUUGACGUAUGUCAGGGAGGCCCUUGAACUGGAAGAUACGAUGAAGAAUUAUGAACGACGCAAUGCGACCGGAUGGAAAUUUGUUUCAAGUUUCAGCUCCGAACGGUCUGGCACAUUAGGAUCCUUCUUUGACACUAUAGAAUUCAUCUGGCGAUGUGUUUUGAGGAAGCAACUGGAGAAAUUUUUGGCGGUCAUUGUUGGUUGCAUGUCAGUUGCAAUUCUUUUAGCAGAGGCAACUUUGUUGCUUAGUGUUGAUUUAUCCCUUUUUUCAAUUCUCAUAAAAUCUGUAGGCAAGCAAGAGGUGUUCGUGCAGGUCUUUGCUUUUGUUCCCCUGAUGUAUAUGUGCGUCUGCACAUACUAUUCAUUGUUCAAGGUUGGAAUGCUAAUGUUUUAUUCAUUUACACCUAAACAAACCAGCUCAGUCAGCUUGCUUAUGAUAUGCUCGAUGGUAGCUCGGUAUGCACCUCCAAUUUCAUACAAUUUCCUCAAUCUCAUUGUCCUUGGUGAGAAGAAUAAACCUAAGGAAACUAUUUUUGAAAAGCGUAUGGGAAACAUUGAUCAAGCUGUCCCUUUUUUUGGGAGUGGAUUCAACAGAAUCUAUCCACUUAUGAUGGUUAUAUAUACACUGUUGGUUGUGAGCAACUUCUUUGACCGGGUUAUUAAUUUCUUUGGAAACUGGAAGAUAUUUAGAUUUCAAACUGAGGCAGAUGAUAUGGAUGGUUUUGAUCCAUCAGGAUUAAUUAUAUUGCAAAAAGAAAGAACUUGGCUUGAAGAAGGGUGCAUAGUUGGUGAACAUGUUGUUCCACUGGCUAGAAAUUUCAACGAUGUGGCCAUAGAUGUGGAAUCUGGUAUCAAAAGCACGGAUAGGAAUGGUGUCGAAAUGAAGGCAACCACCAAUUUAACCAAGGACAAUUUGAAGGGAAGUUCAUCAAAACCUCUGAAAGAUGAGGUCCGUAGAUAUGGAGGGAGCAAAGAAGUCAUCAGCAGCAAAUAUGCUGCCAUGAGAGAACAGACCAUACAAGCAUCCAACAUGAUGCCAGUGGAGAAUAUAGCCUCUGCUAAAGUGUCUUUGCUUGAUGCAGGGAGAUCUCCGUCUAGCGAAAGUCCAGGAGUUCCAGCUGGUUUAGCCUCAAAAUGGGCAUCAAUGAAAUCUGGUUUUCAAAGUUUCAAGGCGAACGUAGCUGCCAAAAAAUUAAUUCCUUCUCGCCAACUUCAGGACGCCAAUCAUCUCACUCGUGUGUCCUCGUCUGAGUCCCUUGAUGAGAUAUUUCAAAGAUUGAAACGACCUGCUUUAGAACAUUCUAGUCGUAGGGAUGAGGACGGCGAUGAGAUUGACAUGGGAGUUUCAAGGCCCACCAGAUAAUGUAUACGGUUUAUUCGACUUUCAAGUAAAUGGAAUGUAGUUGUCACUGAUUGUCACAAGAUGUACAGAUCCCAGAGAAGGGAUUAUACGAAUUUCUUACCCACUCUCUGAACUUUAUAGUAAAUGGAAUGUACUUGUUACUCAUGGUGAAGAUCAGUCAACAAUCUCAUUUUGUUAUAAAAUUCAUUAGUGAGUUGUAAUCUCACUUAUUUUGUAGUCACUUUGAUACGGUACCAAAUUUUUU